CAUGACUUCUCGCUUAACGGGAACCAAGACUCCUAAUGGCAAAGGCUUCCAGGAUCCUGACGAAGAAUAUGAAUUCGAUCUAUUAUUAGGUGUCAAUCGUGUAUCGAUCGGUUGUUCGCUAAUGGUGCGACUGAAUGUCCUAUCCCAGCGUAGAGAAGACUUUAAUGCCCCAAAGGAAUAUAAUGACUAUCUUGAAAUGGUUGAAAAGUUGGUAUGGAAUCUUAAUAAUGAUAUCGAUCUGGAAAAAACGAAAGCUCGAAUUGAAAGUUUCGCCACUGAAAAUAGAGAAAUAAUAGCGAAAAACGCAAAAAAAACAG